AUGAGUAGAGGGUGGUACGAGAAUAUACUCGCUUGUUGUUGUAAUAAGGUGUUUCUUGCCAGUUGCGUGGCUACAUCUUUCUUUCCCUUUUUAUUCCUUUGGCAGGAGUGUCCAUCGCCAUACGUUGUGCUACUUUCGGUUCGCACGGACAUGAAAAAUCUUUCAAUCUUCUCCGCAAGAAGGGAUGACAGUCUCUCUGCUUUCUUUUGGACUGAUUCUCUGAUAAAAUCCUGUGGGAAUAUCGGGAGCAGCGGGAUUCAUGCGUCGGUCACCUCCAAACAGAAAAAGAGUCCUGCAGCGAGUACGGAUAGGAAGCGUCGCCGCUCAACUGAAUUUUCCACUGAAACACUCCUGAUCGCAGAAACACCGGUGACAACUGCUUCGAAAAACACUGUUCUUACGCCCUCGGCUUCAAGAGCCCUCUCACCACCCGUUGCCAGUGGCCCUUCAUGCGCUGAAAUUUCGGUACGCGGUUUCGACGAUGCUCUCAGCGUUAGUGAGGAUUUGUUUGAGGGAAGGUUGGGGCCAGCCGUUGUUGACGUGGAGCUGGGUGAAAACACGUCUCUGAUGAAUGAUGCGUCGGCGUUCUCUGCAGCACUGGCGGAAAUAGACAGGGGAAGUGCAAGCGACGUGCAAAAACUGAACUCUUCCAUUAAAGUUAUGCUUCUUGUUGGUGGUGAAGCGUAUUACGUAUUUACGCCUCGUGACACGUUUUCUAUUACCUUCUUAGCGAAACUGCUCGCUUCGGAGAAUGUGACAAAGGUUUUGUUGAAUGGACGACCUUUGUAUCAAUUACUAUUUCGUUUUCUGGGUACAGAUCGCAUUGACGUGAGGAACCUUGUGGAUCUUUCAGUUUGGGUACAAGUAAUUGAACGUGUACGUGGACCUAUUCAUGCCGGAAUCAAAUGUGCUAACCCGAAAGAGGCUAUGAUGAAACUCCCAGAAAGUGUGAGAGCGCAAAUCCAAACUCGGGUGAACAACUCGAUGGUGGUACUGAGACAUGGAGGUAGUUUGCCGGCAGAUGGUCCGUUAAGACAGGGUGGUGGAGGUCAGAACAUGCUUGAAAUGCCCCCGCUGCCGUCAAUAGGCUCUAUUUCGGACUCGCAAAUGGAGGAUCGUCUUUGCUCUUCUAUGGCCCUUCACGAGUAUUAUGAGAGCUUCGUUAAAUCAGUUGAUGACGACAACCCGAAGGUCUCAUCUGUUUGUUCACUUCCUGCCGUUUGCCGCCUUGAAACUAGUGUAGCAUUUUUGUGCGAAGUCAUGACAUAUCACGGUAUGUUUGUGAGGAAGACUGCCUUUGAAUUGAUGACAAAGGAUUUGGAGGAUCAGAUUGAAAAAAUUAGUGACUAUGGGAAGACCUUACUUGACGCAAGCCCAUGUUCCAAGUAUUCCGGAGGGUGUUUUAGCGUGAGGGAGGCAACGGCAGAAGUGAUGGUUGAUUGCUUGCGAGAUACAUACGGCUACAAUCUUUCCGUUAACGGCAGCUUUGACAAGCAACUCCAAAAACUUUAUCGUGGCGCCGGCAAAGGAAAUGAGUCGGGAAGAAAGUUGGCCCAUGUAUGGUUGGCUAUUCGUGAGCGCACUGAUUUUAUGCGAACUCUCAGAAGCAACGUGGAAAAUAUGAAUAUGUUAGACCGCAUCGUUGACGUUGCGACACAAGUUGCUUCGAACGAAGAGGAUGAGGGUGCGAAUGACUGCUCAGGCAGCGGUGGGAGUAGUGUGGGGAGUACAAAAAAAGCAGUCUGUUACUCUGUACAUCCUCACUGGGCCGUUCAUCACACUUCGACGGGACGAUUGUACUGUUCUCGACCCAAUCUGCAAACUGUUCCCAAAACGGCACAAAAAUGCACCUACGUAAGUCCCCUCACAUCUGAUUAUGGGUUGUUGUUCACAAACCCUGAGUGGACAAUGCGACACUUGUACGGUCCAGCACCUGGGUGCGUACUUCUUUCGUUCGAUUUCAACCAAAUGGAGUUGCGCGUGUUGGCACAUCUGAGCGGGGACGAGUUGCUCAUUAAGCACUUGUCAAGUGAAUACGACGUGCUAUCAGCGAUGACACGGCACAUUACUGGUCUUAGUGAUGAUGAGCAGGUUCCGCCACACCUCAGAGAAACAGUCAAAGUUGUUGUCUACGGCUUAUUUUACGGUAUGGGCUUAGCGACAAUGAAGGAACGCGUGAAAAUUUUGAUGGACUCAGCACACUCAGUUCCGUCUAGUCAACGAAAAUUUACCGCCGACACCUUACUACGUGCGUUUCAUCAGCGUUACCCGGCUGCAGGAAAGUUUUUAACACGCGCACGCAUCCGUGCGUUUCAUGAGGCGCGUUGCGUUACCCUCACGGGUAUCAACGACUUGUCGAGUGAGAAGGACGGCAAUCGGCGAAGGCAGCACUCAAUCGCUCGUAUACUUCAGGGUAGUUCUUCCACGUUGUUUCAAAGUGCCAUGGUGAAGGUUCACGAAAGGCGUCACGACAUUGUUCCUAACCUACCUGCGGCCCCCUUCGCCCUUGUCUUGUGCAUUCACGAUGAACUCAUAUAUUCUGUGGUUGAGGGGUACGUGGAUGUUGUAGCAAGGAAAAUAAAGGGGAUAAUGGUGGAGCAGGCGCAAGUAUUUUCGUUGCGGGUCCCCUUACGAGUUUCAGUGAAGGUUGGAAAAACGUUCGGUUCACUCGAGAAACUUGAUGUUCCUUAA